UGCGCCCCGCGCCCCGCGGCCCGCCCGGCACUCCCGCGGCCCGGCGCUGAAGAUGGCGGAGGGCGGUGCGGCGCCCCCAUCCUGCGCUUCCUCCUCCUCCUCCUCCUUGAAGGGGCUGCGGGAGCAGAUGGUUGCUGCAGCCCAAGCCAUAGCAGAAGAAAGAAGAAGCCAAAGUGGCAUUAGCCCUCUUGCAGUCCAGACCUCAAUAAAGACAGCAACUAAACCAGUGAUAGAUGGUUCCAUGCUAAGAACAGAAGAAAGGCAAAGACUGGCCAGGGAACGUAGAGAAGAGCGGGAAAAGCAGCAUGCUGCCAAAGAGACACAAAUCCUUGAAAAGGAGAGAAAAGCAAAACUCCAGUAUGAAAAACAGUUAGAAGAAAGGCAGAGAAAGCUAAAAGAAAUGAAGCAAAAAGAGGAACAACGAAGGGCAGCAGUAGAAGAGAAGAGGAAACAAAAAAUAGAGGAGGAAAAGGAGCGCUAUGAAGCAGUUCUGCAUCGCACCCUGGAACGGAGUCAGCGGCUGGAAACACGACAGAAGAGAUGGUCAUGGGGGGGGUCUGUAACUCCAGACUCAGAAGGCAAAACAGAACAACAGAGCACUGAUGAAGGUGGAACUGGUGCCAGCAAACGCUCGCCCUCCGCAGCCAACCUCAAACAGGCAGAGGCUGCCGUGAGCAAAGGCCUGUCCCCGUCUGCAGCUCCUUUAAAUGCCUCAGAUCGAAGUACCACAAAGAGAAGUGCCUCAUUAAACAGACUGAGUAACAAAGUCCCUCCACAUUCCCAGCAGUCAGCACCCAAAGGUUCACAGGUGGAACAGAAAGGAGGAACAGAAAAGAAGAGGAGCACAUCUUUGAGUAGAAUGAGUAGUAAACCCCAGUCUUCUCCAGAGCUAGAAAAAGUGAAAAAGGAAGAAAAACCAGCUCGUCGCUCCCAGCUCAGUCCCUUGGACAGUAGCGUAAUCAGCCGCCUCCUCGCCCCCACACAGGCCUCCCUAGCUAGGAGUAAAAGUGCUGCUACCUUGUCGGCUGAUGGACAGGACCCCUCAGAAUCUCACCUCUGUCCUCGUUCAGCUUCAGCCAGUUCCAUCAAUUCCCCAGUCCCAGCUCCCAAAGUGCCGGUGCGCAGCCGUAGCAUCGACAGGUUGAAGUCCUCUGUCUCUUCAUCUGAUGCAAGUUCACCUGAUUCAACCCAGAAAUCAGAGACAGAAAAGCCAUCCCCAGGUUCUGGCUUGAGGCGCCCUCCCUCACCAUCCGUGUCUGCCCGUAGAAGAUCCCCCUCUCCUGCUAAUUUGGUGAAGCGUCCUCCGUCCCCUUCUGCAGUCAGGCAGAAGACUCGCCCACCUUCACCUGGUGUGUCAAAACAAAGGCCACCAUCUCCUACUCCAGUCUCUAAACCAGCACCCAUCCAGCGUCCAUCUCUCACACCAAGUGUUAUAAGCAUUACCAAAAAGAAAACUGAAGCAGAGAGCAAACCAAAGGAUAAGAGCACAGAAGGAAUAGGACAAGAGCAAGGUGCUUCCCCAGCCUUGGAGAGGGAUGCAGGAGCAGCUAGCACAAAGACCAAAGAAGAAUCAGGUAGCAAAACAGUAGCAGGGACCACCACAGCUGAAGAAGCUGCUAAAAUCCUGACAGAGAAGCGACGUCUGGCACGGGAGCAAAGAGAGCGUGAAGACCAAGAAAGAAUUCAGAGACAAGAAGAGGAAAGAAUCAGAGAAGAAGAAAUGGCCAGGAGGGCAGCUGAGGAAAAGGCACGACGGGAGGAGGAGCUGCGGAAGCAGGAGGAGGAGAGGAGAGUGACCUACGAAGAGCAGCAGAGACAAGCUGAGGAGGAGAGGAUCCGCCGGGAGCAGGAGGAGCAGGAAAAACUCGCAGAGCUUCAACAGCAGAGAGAAGAAGCUGAAGCAAAAGCUCAAGAAGAGGCUGAAAGACAAAGGCUGGAAAGAGAGAGGAUUAUGCAGCAAAAUAUGCAGGAAAGGCUUGAAAGAAAAAAGAGAAUCGAAGAAAUAAUGAAAAGGACACGGAAAUCAGAUCAAAAUGAAUCCAAGUUGCAGAAUGAAGGGAAGUCUGUCUCGGAGGUGAUGGAGGGAGAGGAUAUUGAAGAGGAGGAGGAGCUGGGUCUUGAGAAGACUGACCAACCAGGAAAGCUAAAUGGUGUUGACUUGCUCCAGGACGUCAAGGGGGAGGCAGAGGAUUGUUUAGAGACUGCACAAAGCAUGAUCUCUGCAGAAUCUGAGGCACAAGAUGAGUCAGAGGUGAAGGCCACUGAAGUGUUCAUGAAUGGAAGUGACUUGAAAAGUGACAAGGGAUCUCUGUCUGUUACUGAGCUAAAGGAUUCCAGUCAUCCUGCAAAAGAAGUGAUUAUUGAUGACUCGGGGAAGUUGGGUGUUCAUGAAGCUGAUCAUACAAUUGGACUUAUUCAGAAUCUCAAUGGAAAAUCUGGUUCAUGGACUUUUGAGGAGUUCAUUGAUGUUGGAGUACAUUCCAAGUCAACCAAACUGAGCUCGGACAGCAUCUCUGCUGGUAACUGUAAUCAAAACUUGAAUGAUGCUGCUACACUACCUUCUAGCCCCAAAUUGGCUUUUGAGGAAGAUGGUGCAGUGAAUUCAUUGACCAAACCUAUAGAUGCUUCAUCAGAACUGUGAACACUAGAGACCUGGAAAUAAUCUGAUUGCACUUCAGUAAUCCAGUGUUUUCUCAAGUACCGAAGGCCUUGUUUUGAAAAGCUGCUUGUUUACCUUUAUCCAUCUUCAAGUUUGCAAAAAACAACAGGGGAGGGAUGACAAAAUUUGCACCUUGAAACAUUUCAGGGAAACUGUUGUGCUAAUGUUCUUUUUUUGUUCGUUUAGCUAAUUGUUAGAUAAGGGUUCCUAGUUCAAGUAUUCCUUGUUUCUCCUUUACAGACUUUACAGUAACCUGAUUGAGUCUUUUUUUUAUUAUUAUUUUCAUAUCAGUAUCAUGUAGAACAUGCCACUGGAGGCUCCCCACUUAACUGCAGACUUUGCAUAUUUCUAAAAUGAUCUUGAUGAAAUAAAAGACUCACUCAGUGUAUGUUAAAGCUGAACUCCCUUUUUAAUGUCUAGAAAAAUGUUGUUGCUUGUUGUUUCAUGUGCUAUUUAAAAAUGCAAAAUUGAGUAUCUUCAAUUUUGAAUGGAGAAGAAAAAUUCCUUAUUACCUAAUGUGAAAAUAUUGGCAGUUCAAAAUGCAAGUGUUGUACCAUCACUAAUAUGUUUUAAUCUACUGGCAAACAUCAAAACAUUUUUCAGCAUGUGCUCUAAUAUAUUACAAAAAUGUUGAGUCCCUAGAUUUGUCUGUUGGUGCAGUUUAAGGUGUUAGGCUUUUUAAAAUGUUUUCCUUUUGAAUUACUUAUUUAUCUACACUUAUGGAAGUAUUAUUUUAUUGUGUACAUAACAGUAUUAGACCAUUGAAGUCAUGUUUUGUUCAUGUUAAUUAUUCCAAGUGUUCCAUCCAGUUCCAGCUCUAUAACAGUGGCUGCAAACUGCAUAUAUAUUUCCCUUCCCCUAAAGCCUGCAUUAAAUAAUCUAUUUAACCUGAAUUUGCCUGCUUUUUUCAGCAUGAAGAGUUUAACGAAGCAUCUUCUGAAAUUGCUACUAAAAGUAAUAAUGCAGCCUCGUUCUGAUGUCUCCUGUACCAGAUAGACUGGCUAGGUCAUUACUUUAAAGAGUAGCUCUCUCAAAACCUGCUACGAGCCACUGGCUGAUCCUCAGCUGCAGCAGGAGCCCUCAGCCUCCUCCCUCUUGCUGUUCAGAGAUCCUGUAGAACUGUUUUAGACUUUAGAGCAGUGCCUUAGGUGAAAGGAGAAGUGUAUUUUUGUAUGAUAGCUGUUUGUUCUGGCAGAGACAAUCAUUCUAACAAAGAUGCCGGUAUUUUUUCUGUGCUGGGAUUUGUUGGCUGGUCCGAUCCAGCCCUGUGUAAAUACGUGCGCACAGUUAAAUAAACUUUGCAGUUGAACAAUG